CCGCCGUCUUGCAGCGAUGAAUUAUGUCCGUACAUGCCAAGAAGGCGAAGCGGGAGGCGGUGGGGAGGAGAAUUGAAGCCCGAAAGCAAACAUGUCUCCUCAGCGGCUGAGCACCUGACAUCUAAAAUAAUAGUGUCAACGGUGUCCACGCUGAGCGGCGCUGCUGACAUUUCAGACGUCGAAGGAGCGACAAGUUCACCAGGCCAGGCCGAGGAAGACCUCGUGAUGGCGUCGGCAGCGGUUGGCAUGUCCAAUCUGUCUGACGAGAUCCUUCUGUGCAUCCUGCGCCACGUGCCCGUGUGCGACCUGCUCACCAACGUGGCGCCCGUCUGCCAACGGCUGCAAACGCUGUGCCGCGACAAGAGUCUGCUAGCGCACGUAUGCCUGACCGAGGAGUACACGAUGGAUGAUCAGACGGUUCGCCACACCCUGCGGCAGCUGUCGAAUCACGUGCAGUCCCUGAGCCUCAGCGGCGUCUAUUGGCUGAACAGCAGCGCGGUGGACUCGGUGGGACGCUGCAAGGCGGUGACGCGUCUGGACCUGAGCGGGUGCCGGAUGACGGCGUCGCGCCUCUCUCGCUUGGUGGCCUCGCUGCCUCUGCUGCGCUCGCUGGCCUUCGACGUGCAGCCGGGCUUCGACGCCGGCAAGUUGGCGGGAGAGGCGGUGGACCGACUCAGCCGCCUGGCAGAGCUGCGGCAGACGCUGCUGACCCCCAGCUACGGGGUGGUGCCCUGCUGCGCUCAGCUUCGCAAGCUGACGCUGCAGUUCGACAUCUCGGACGUGACCAGGGAGGGCACUGGCGUCAGCUGCCACCUGAUGGUGGGUCAGAGCAGCGUGCCGCACUACGAGCGGCUGGAGGAGUUCAGCGCCCGACUGGCUCCAGGAGAGGUGAACCAGACGUUGCUGCUGCUCUACCUGGCCGUGUUUAGUGUUCACGUUCCGGAGCGCCUCCGCGUUUUCCUGGUGUCCGUCCCCGGCCCCAACCCGGCCCGCUGGCCCACCGCCCCCUCGUUGGCCCAGAGCUUGGGCCUGCGUGGCGACCUGGAGGCCCUGCAGUUUCCCCGGUCUUGGCUGGACUCUUCGUCAUUGAAGCAGGCGCUGGAAGGCACCAGCCCCAAGCACCUGAGCUUCAGCCGCUGUCCUGCCCUGUACAGGAAAGUGUUCCGGUCUCUAUUGGAGGGCGGCGUGCGAGACGCCUCGCGCCUGCUGAGCCUCAACUUGAGCGGCAUCAACCACGCGCCGUACUCGGAGGGCCGCGGUGCCGAGGAUCAGCUGCUCCCCGCCAACAUGAGCCGACUGGCCUCCUGCUGCGUCAACCUGCGCCACUUGAACCUGAUGAACACACACUACCAUCACGAGCACGCCGCCGCACUCCCGCCGGCCACGCCCCAUUUGUGCGCCAGCCUGGCUAAACUCCGGCACCUUCGCUCGCUCACCCUCCCGGCCUGCGCCCUUUCGGACGGCAUGCAGUCGCAUCUCUGUGCCGCGCAGAACUCGUCAUCCUUACUCUUACGCGGCUUGAAAAAACUACCUCGAGUGGGCGUGCAGAACUACAAAGUUGGCACGGAAACAGGAACCCAAGCUGUCGGGGACAGCACCUUGGGAAUCAGCCACCUGGCCGCCGGAUGCCUUUCCAUGGAGGCCUUGGAGCUCAUCGGGCCGGGUUUCGUCUCAGCGCUGCCCCGCCUGGAGCCGUGCACCCGAGCGAGUGUGGAGCCCCGCGGCAUGUGCGCGUGGGCCCGCGGUGUUGGCGACGCCCACCUGGCGGCGCUGGGAGGUUUUCGGCGGUUGCGCCGCCUGACGCUGGCCGGCCUGCCCGGCGUCCUUCGAGGCACGGGACUCGCCCACCUCGUGACGCGGUGCAAGGACCUGCAGAUGUUGUCGCUCGCCAACAUCGGCACACUGAAAAUCAUGAACUAUAACGCCUCCCUGCUGGAGGCGCUUAGAAACUGCUCACAGCUACGAGAACUCAGGUUAGAGCAGCCCUAUUUGAACGCCAACUCGUCCUUCUUCGACGCCCUCUCCUGCUGCUCUCGCCUGCAACGCUUUUGCCUCAUCUCGCGCAACGGCUCCUUCGAGGGGGCGGCGGCUGAGUCAUUUGUGGAGCGCUGCGGCCGCCUGGUCAUGUGCCACAUGUUCACCGGUGGCACCUUGGUGGCCUGCCGCAAUCUCCAGAAAACUCUCCUUGACAGGUUUUCCUCCGAGCGUCCGGGCCUCUCUGCGGUCAUUUACCCGAUACAGCAGGAAGACCUGCCUUCCGUCAUCAGAGACAUCCCGCUCACCCUGUUGGACGGCAUCACGUUAUUUCAGAGUCACGUGGCCCAGCCGCCGCAUUUGUCACCAUGGUGAUGCCAACACAAUCCUAACGCCAUUGGUGCUGCUGCUGCUGAAGUUGACACUUGAAAUGACUGAUUUGGCUUGUUUUGUACCAUUUUCAAGCACAUUUCUUUCUAAUCUUGCCUUGUAUGCCUCAAAUGGGCAAAAAAAAUGGUUGGGGGGGGGGG